GAUCAGCGUGUUGGUUGGAACUGUGCGACACCAUGCUCCUCACGAUAACGCUUGUCGUUUCGGCAGUAGUCGCCCUCUACGUUUAUCUUACUUGGAACUUCAGCUACUGGAAAAAGCGCAAUGUUCCGGGACCUAGCCCCCAUCCACUGUUCGGCAACUUCCCCUCAUUUAUUCUUCGCAACCAUCCAAUCGCCGUAGAAAUGGACAACGUGUACAGAGAAUACAAGUCAAAGUACAACUUCGUGGGCGUUUUCAGCACGCGUUCGCCGAGAAUUUUCGUCACUUCGGCUGAACUGGCCAAAAGUAUUCUAAUCAAAGACUUCAAGAACUUCCACGACAACGAAUUUGCCGGGAUGACGGACAAAGAAUUAGAUCCAAUUUUGGGUCGCAACCCAUUUAUGUUGAACGGAGACGAGUGGAAGGCAAAACGAGCUGAAGUAACGCCCGCGUUCACCACAUCGCGAAUGAAGUCGCUGUUCUCGAUCGUUGAAGAUGUUGGAUCGCGUAUGACCAAAUACAUCCGCCAAAAUAAAAACACUCCACUGGAGAGCAAAGAACUCGCAGCCAAAUUCACCACAGAUGUUGUCUCAAGCUGUAUUUUUGACACUGAUGCGCAAUCGUUUACUAACGAAAAAUCGGAAAUCAGUGAGCAAGGACGCAAAAUGUUUGAUAGUUCGUUCCUUUUUGUGAUUGUCAUGAUAUUUAUGUCUCUGUUCCCGAAACUUGCCAAGCUACUCAAGAUCGGCAUGGUUUCCAAGUCUGUGGAAAAGUUUUUCACCAAACUUAUGGCGGAAGCAAUUCAGUAUCGCGAGAAGAACGGAGUUCAGCGCGUUGACUACCUCGAACAUCUUAUUAGCCUACGAAACAAGAAGGAAAUUUCUGAUCUGGACAUGGCAGCCCACGGUGUAACCUUUUUCAUCGAUGGCUUUGAAACGUCCAGUGUAGCGAUGUCUUUUAUAUUGUACGAAUUGGCAAAGAAUCCUGACGUCCAAGAACGACUUCGCAAAGAACUUCUCAACGCUUCCAACGACCAAGGCACGAUCACUUACGAUUUACUAUUAGAACUACCCUACUUGGACCAAGUCAUCAAUGAAUCUCUACGUCUGUGGCCUCCAGCAGCGUUCCUUUCCAAAAAGUGUACCGAACCCAUCGAGCUGAACCUGACUUCGACGGAGAAAAAACUCAUUGAAACCGACGUUUGUGCGAUCAUACCAGUUUGGUCGAUUCAUCGUGAUCCUAAUCAUUUUGAAGAUCCUGCAACGUUCAAUCCGGAUCGAUUUAGCCCAGAACGGGGUGGUGCCAGCCCGUACCGUGAGAAAGGAUGCUUCAUGCCGUUUGGUGAUGGUCCACGGCAGUGUCUUGGAAUCAGAUUCGCUCGGAUGCAGGUGAAGCGAGGAGUUUAUGAAAUUUUGACGCACUUUGAGCUGACGGUUGAUUCCAAAACAGUCGAACCGUUGCAACUGGAUCCGAAGCAGUUUCUCACUAUGGCGCUUGGUGGGAUUUGGUUAAACUUCAAGCCUAUUGCCGUGUAAUCAGUGUGAAAAGUAACAGGAGAAAUAAUAAAGAUUUAAUGAAUAUUAUGUAAAAUAACUCA